CGGCUGCGGCCUACUGCCCUCCGCCCUGGAGCCACCGUGCCUCAGACUACCCCCAGGGUCCGAGGAUUCCAAGUGGUCCGAGCAGCUGGACUCACUCCUGCAGGCCACCGAUGGCAACGUGGCCCGGAUCAAGCAGCAUCUCUGCCCCCUUGGGGUCUCUGCAACUGGUGAUUCAAGCCUGACUCCUUCUGGACCCUGGAUAUCCCAUUCUAAUCCUGAAGGGGAACUGCCUCGUCAGAUCUGGACUCUGGAACCCCCCACUGAAGGGAAGACCUGGGAUGAAGCCUGUUUUUCCUUAUCGAUGUGGGAAGAAAUUGCCACUCUUCGAAGCCAGCUCCGGACCCAGGCCCAGGUGACGGUGCUAAUGAGUCAGGCUAUCCAGGGUCUGAUGGAAGACAGAGAGCAUCAGAAAUGUCAGAUUGAUGAUCUAGAAGAUGAGCUGGGCCGGCUUCGAGGGACUCCUGAAGGGCGAGCAAGAUUGGAGCAACGAGUAGAAGACCUGAACUCAGAGCUACAGAACCUACGGCGGCAACUCCAAGCCCGUCCAGGGGAGGCCAGCGUGACUGCUCUCUUGCGCCAAGAGCUACAGAAUGACCGCCAGCUCCUGUGGGAGGAAUAUGAAGCUGUUCAAGGGGAGCUGAAGCUUUUUCGGGACCAACUGGGUCAGCAGCAGGAAUUGUUGCUGAGGCAGAUGGCUGAAGCCAGGCAAGCACAAGGGCGGAGCUGGAAGGUACUGGAACAGUUACAGAGUGAUCAAGAAGGCCACUGCCGGGUGGUGGAUGCUGCCAGGGAGGAGGCCCGGGAUGUUCGGCAGGAGAUUGAUCUUGUCAGGGCCAUGGUGUGUUCUCUGCAGGCUCAGCUUCGAGGGGAUCCUCCUCGGCCAGACUCUGCAGUCUCUAGCUCUGACCUGAGCCUCCUAGACAGUGACAGCAGCUGGGAUAUACCUUCUCGGGAGGCAGCCUUGCCAGCAGACCCCCAUAGCAACACUGCAUCGAGCAUUGAAUCCAGCACGGAGCUCCUCACUUCUACGAGGAGUCCCCAGACAUCCAACCGGUCGAACCAGGCACCCAAGCUGCUCCUUAGUGACCUCUGAAAGGGCUGACCAGCACUCUGUCUUGGCCUGUUGAAGGACAAGGGACAGCCUUGGGGCAAAGGGGAGAGAGAACUGAGGGAAGCAUCUCAUUCCCCGUAGCCUCCCCUUUCCCGGGAGCCUUGAGGGGCUGUCCCUCCCAAAGGAUUUGUUGAUGGGCUGCUGGCCCCAAAUCCUUGCAGCCUGCUUACUGGCUCCCUUCUGUCCCUCUCAUCUCCCCCCAAGAUUUCUCCCUUUCCCCCAUCCCCCAAAUCUGGAAUAAAAAGUGUUAACUCUA